UUAUUUUCCCCCCUCUUCUCUCUGUUUCUCUCUUUCCCCCCCCCCUUUUUCACCCCUUUCCCCGUUAUCUCUCCCCUUAUCACCACCUCCUCUCCUCUCCCACUCGAGACCAGAUUGGACUUUAAUUCGGAGAGAUAAAGGCAGUCAGCUGAUCGCGUUAUCAAGGUGGAUUAAAGAGUAUUUCUGCUGCUCGUGUGAUGCCAUGCAGUGCAGGAGAGAUCGCUAGGUCAGAGAGCAGAUUCACAGCAGCCCAGGCGAUGAACCUCAUAGACAGGCUGCAGGACCCCCAGCUGGUGGCAGACUUCCAGCACCUCUUUGGCGUGCGCAGGAAAACCAGAGAGAGGGACGUGAAAGGGGGUGCUGCGGAAAGGCAAGAGGCAGCCGGAACCAGCAGUGAGAACCUCCUCAGCCGCUACCUGGGGGAGCAGAAACACCAGAAUGGGGUGGCAUCUCGGCGCAGUUGCCAGCGCCUCGCUGCUCCCGAUGCCGACCACAAGACACACUUCCGCCAGGGCUCGACUGCAAGCAUUGCAAGCGACUGCAGCACAGGAAGUGGCCGGUCGUUGAUGGAGAGGCUGCUCGGGGAGAACACGGGAGGGACGGAGGGCAGCAUGGGGGAAGAGGAGGAAGGGGGAGACAACGGCCAGACGCAGGCAGAGGGACAGGAUUUCGAGAUCAACAACAGGUUUUGGUACCACCUGUUCUCGCUGGCCACGGCCCUCGGGGGUGAGCUCUUCUACUCCGUCUUCUUCUGCUUCUGGGCCUGGAAUGUGGACGGGGCGGUGCUGCGCAGGGUCAUUGUCAUAUGGAUGAUCACCAUGUAUAUCGGACAAGCACUCAAGGACAUCCUGAAGGUCCCCCGGCCAGCGUGCCCCCCUGUGGUGAGGCUGGACCCUAAGUGGGCCCUGGAGUACGGCCUCCCAUCCACACACGCCAUGGUGGGUGCAGCCAUGCCCUUUUCCAUCCUCAUCCUCACUCUCAACCGGUACCAGGUGAGUAGUGGUUAUGUAUAUAGUACGACCUGGUGCCUCCUCGUGUGCCUCUCCAGGCUGUAUCUCGGCAUGCACAGUGUGUUGGAUAUUGUGUGUGGCCUUGUCCUGGUAACUGGCCUACUGGUGCUGAUCCUCCCGUGGGUGGACGUCCUGGACCACCUGGCCCUCACGCACCCCGCCUCCCCCCUCCUCACGAUCACUCUGACUAUUGCGAUGGUGGUCUGCUACCCGGCCACUGACAGAUGGACGCCUGCACGCGGAGACACAACCGUCAUCGUGGGAGUCGGCUGCGGUUCCUUGCUCGGCUCGUGGCUCAACUACCAAGUGGGUGUGACGCGCGAGCCCACCCUGGCUCCUCCCUACACCGUCAUCUGGCCGACCCUCAACAUGGCCGGCCUCUCCCUCUUGCGCACCAUCCUGGGCCUUGUGGUCAUCGUGGCGGUCAAGGCGAUAUUCAAGGCCCUCUCCUUCGCCACUAUCUGCGCACUGCUUCAGGUCAAAGCAGAAGACUACGUCAACAAAUCAGGCAGCCUGACCAGCCGCCACCGCCUCAUUGUCGAGCUUUUCUACAAGUUCAUCACAUACAUUGCUAUUGGAUUCACCAUUGUGUACACAGGCCCCCUAGCGUUCAGGCUCAUUGGCAUUGAGAGGCCGACCUUCUACACUGAAGUCUGAAUGGACUGGUUUUUUUUUUUUUUUCUACUUUUUGUUCGUCUUCAUCUUAUUUUAUACUUUUAUUCUUAUCAUUAU